UAUUCAACGAAUGACAAUACAAAACAAACACAGACUUCGGUUGAAGAGGUGCCCCGAUUGGCCAUUGCAUGGCUUGAUCUGAAAUUUUAUGGCCGAUCGGCAGUAUCGAUGAGUCGAUCAAAAGUCAUACUAAACGGAUUAAACGGUGGAAUUGAUUUCAGUUCAAUGGUGGCACUAAUGGGACCGUCAGGUUCGGGCAAAUCCACACUUUUGAAGUGUUUGAACGGUAGACAUGUAGACAAUAUAGAUUCGUCGACCGAAAUCUAUUUGGCCAACGAUCGCAAAAUGCGGUCGGCAUUUAUAGUACAGGACGUGUCGGAGCAUCUAUUGUCGGGACUAACAGCCCUCCAGACACUGGUCUACGCAUCGAAAAUCAAGAAUAGCAGACAUCACGCAGUGGUCAACCAUCGGGCAAAUGCCAGACGAUUAUUGAAAGACUUGAUGAUCGGAGACACGGAGUCAACUAAUGUAGARAACUGUUCGGGCGGUGAACAGAAACGACUGUCUAUUGCWCUSGAGUUGAUGGCCRUCAAGAAACCGAAUCUGUUGUGCAUCGAUGAGCCGACCAGCGGUUUGGAUAGUAAUGCGGCCGAAAUUGUCAUACAAGUAYUGAAAAAUAUCUCCMRAAAACAUCAGAURGCAAUCGUCACGAGUAUUCAUCAGCCGAACAAUGAUGUCUUUAUGACCUUUGACCAGAUUAUUGUAUUGGCAAAGGGUGGACUAUGUGUAUAUACUGGACCGCCUAACGGCAUCCGCACGCAUCUGAGUACAGCCAACCUGAACUGUUACGACCAUCAGAUGCCCAUUGAAGUGUUGCUCAAGUAUGCAUCGAAACCGGACAAUCAAAUUCAAAUGUUGACCACACAAACUGAUCGCUUAAGUAACCGAUUGAGGCACCGGUGUUUGAUUGAGGGACAGUUGGCUCCGCGUGGUAUACAGAAUAAGUCGGCAAAGUUUCAGUUCAAACACUGUUGGUAUUUGUUUCAGCGAUCACUUACCUAUCAGAUCCGUUCCCAAUGGAAGUUCCAGUUGGCACAGUUUAUCUUUAUWGAAGUUAUUAUAACAAUUUUGGCUUAUCUAUAUAACAGACGAAUAGGCGAACCCGACAGUUGUUUUUCAUUGUCUGCCAAAAUCAACGGUUCCUGUUUCAAGACGGCCGACGAGCUCUGGGAGGAGAACCUAUUGUUCCAAAAUCUCCGGUAUUUAUUCUUUGCCGGUAUUGUUCUCAUAGCGUUACUGGUUGUCAGUACUAUACUGUUGUUUGCAUCGGAGCUCAAAGUCUUUAUCAAUGAACGCAAAAAUGGUUGGUAUAGCACCGGUAGCUAUUAUUUGGCAAAAAACAUAGUAGAACUACCAAUGUUUUUAGUAAUCGUAACCAUAUAUGUAGUUAUUGUCUAUAAGAUUAAUCCGCAAAUUAACGAAACCAACCGUUUCGUAGGCUUUAUGUUAGUCAUGUUUGCCUGCGGUUUCUGUUCACAGGGUUUAGGCUUUCUCUGUGGUAUAUUGUUUCGAUCAGAUCUCAAGAUGGCACUGGUCUUCGCUAUCGGUCUCUGUCUGAUAAAUCUGUUACUUUGCGGCUUUUUUGCCGCKCUCAGGGAUCUGCCUGAUUGGGCACAAUCGUUAACCCACAUAUCGUAUAUUAAGCAGACAUUUGAGAUGCACCUGUAUCUGGUCUAUGGUUUUGAUAGGUGUCCGGUUGGCCUGACGUCUUCAAUACUCUAUCAGAACGAUCUGUUAGAUGAAGACCGGUUCUGGUGGAACGGACCCAUAUUGGCCACCAAUGCGCUGAUCCUACGUGUGCUCGGCUUUCUUAUACUGAUGUUUAAGACCAACUCAUUUAGUUUGAGUUGGUUUUGCAGUAGUCGUAAUGAUAGCUCAAAGAAAGCUAACCGCGUUGACAGUUCACUGUCGAUGAUGAUGACCACACGGUUAACUCACGACAACACCAAACAAACACAGACUUCGGUCGAAGAGGUGCCCCGAUUGGCCAUUGCAUGGCUUGACCUGAAAUUUUAUGGCCGAUCGGUAGUAUCAAUGAGUCGAUCAAAAGUAAUACUAAACGGAUUAAACGGUGGCAUUGAUUUCAGUUCAAUGGUGGCACUAAUGGGACCGUCAGGUUCGGGCAAAUCCACACUUUUGAAAUGUCUGAAUGGCAGACAUGUAGACAACAUAGAUUCGUCGACCGAAAUCUAUUUGGCCAACGAUCGCAAAAUGCGAUCGGCAUUUAUAGUACAGGACGUAUCGGAGCAUCUGCUGUCUGGUCUAACGGCCGUCCAGACACUGGUCUAUGCGUCGAAAAUCAAGAACAGCAAACAUCACGCAGUAGUCAACCAUYGGGCAAAUGCCCGACGAUUGUUGAAAGACUUGAUGAUCAGUGACACGGAGUCUACUAAUGUGGAGAACUGUUCGGGCGGUGAACAGAAACGACUGGCCAUUGCACUGGAGUUGAUGGCCGUCAAAAAACCGAAUCUGUUGUGCAUCGAUGAGCCGACCAGCGGUUUGGACAGUAAUGCGGCCGAAAUUGUCAUACAAGUACUCAAAGAUAUCUCACGAAAACAUCAGAUGGCAAUCGUCACUAGUAUUCAUCAGCCGAACAACGAUGUCUUCAUGACCUUUGACCAGAUUAUCGUACUGGCAAAGGGUGGCCUAUGUGUCUACACUGGACCGCCAAACGGCAUCCGUACGCAUCUGACUACAGCCAAACUUAACUGUUAUGACCAUCAGGUGCCYAUUGAAGUGUUGCUCAAGUAUGCAUCGAAACCGGACAAUCAAAUUCAGAUGUUAGUCACACAAACGGAUUACCUAACUAACCGAUUGAGAUACCGGUGUUUGAUUGAGGGACAGUUAGCUCCGCGUGGUAUACAGAAUAAGGCGGCAAAGUUUCAGUUCAAACACUGUUGGUAUUUGUUUCAGCGAUCACUUACCUAUCAGAUCCGUUCACAAUGGAAGUUCCUGUUGGCACAGUUUAUCUUUAUCGAAGUUAUCAUAACAAUGUUGGCUUAUCUAUACAAUCGACGGGUGGGUGAACCAGACAGUUGUUUUUCGUUAGCCGUCAAAAUCAACGGUUCCUGUUUUAAGACGGCCGACGAGCUCUGGAAGGAGAACCUACUGUUCCAGAAUCUCCGGUAUCUGUUCUUUGCCAUUACUAUGCUUCUAGCGUUGAUGACUGUCUGUACUAUACUGUUGUUUGCAUCGGAGCUCAAAGUAUUUCUCAAUGAACGCAAAAAUGGUAACUCA